CGCACCGCGGCCUCCGCCCCGCACCGCGGCCUCCGCCCCGCACCGCGGCCUCCCCGCCGCCUCCGGCCCCUCCGCCCGCCAUGAGCUGCCGGCAGCCGCUGCCGAGCGAGCGGGGAGCGAGACAGAGGAAGAGGAGGAGGAAUGGCAACGAAGAUGAUGGCCACGUUCCCCAGACCAAACGUAGCAGCAGGAGCACUGUCCUCCAGGACUCGUGGGACACUGAGAAGGUGGCUGUAACGAAGCUCACUAAGGAGCGCAGACUAAAAGGAAACAAAGUGUCCUGUGCGUCCUCCAGCAGUGACAGCGGGAGCAGCAGCAGCAGCAGCAGCUGUAGCAGCAGCAGCAUCAACAGCCCCGACAGAGCAGAGUCCAGCCUCAACCCCAGGAUUGCAGGAUCCAGCCCUGUCUCCUCCCAGCCCUUCCAUGAGCAGUCUGCACUAAGCCAAGGUCCUUACUUCCACAUCAACCAGAUCCUGAAGGAAGCCCACUUCCACAGCCUACAGAGCCGGGGACGCCUCCCUACAUGAUGACCCAGCAGCUCCCUGCCUUCUGUGAAGGGACAGCACUGUGUAGAUUUGAUAUUUCAACUUCAAAGUUUGUUAAAAUGGAAUUGCACAAAAUUGCCUGUUGCCUUUUCAGUCUAUAUUUGAAAUAACAGGUUAACAGGAGAUUGUUUACUUGUGGUUUGCUGCACUAUUGCAAUGCAAAAGGGGCUUUGAAGCAAUUUUUAUAGGAUUCUUUUUGGGGUGGUUCUAAAGUAUGUGGCAAGAGGAGACUGAGGAGUCCACAUGUGUGUUAUAGGAUUGCAAACUGUCCAAUUCCAAUCGACUGCCUAAUCUGUUUGUUAGCAAGUUGUUGCUUUCUGUAAAGUUCUCUUAAGCGUUCCUCUUCAGUUUUAUAAGUCUUUUUUUAAUUUCAAUAAACUAGUUAAAAAAUGA